AUGACGGGGAGAGGUUCAGCGAGUACGAAUGCUCCUAUCACUAUGAUCGUCACGAAUACACCAUCCGCAGAUCUAGCUCUCACCAAUCUCGCUUAUUGCUCAGCUUUGGAUCUCAAAAACUUUGCAGUUCCUGGGUCUAAUCUCUUCCUAGCAUUAGUGGCCGAUUCCUUCGUUCUGUCUCUCCGUGCACAUGAAAGUAUACAUGAUGGUAAUAUUGCAUUAAAUGCCAUCCAACGAAGGUAUGCAAGAGUUUCUACUGGGGAUACAGUAUCUGCUAGCAGAUUUAUUCCACCUGACGGUUUCAACCUAGCACUGCUUACAUUGGAGUUGGAGUUUGUGAAGAAAGGGACUAAAAGUGAACAGAUUGAUGCCAAUCUUCUGUCACAACAAUUUCACAAGAGAUUUAUUAACCAGGUUAUGACAGCAGGACAAAGGGGAUCUUUUGAAUAUCAUGGUAACAACUAUAUCUUUACAGUCACACAGGCAGUCGUAGAGAGUGAAAAGUCAAAGACCCUUGAGAGGGGAAUGAUAUCAAGUGAGACAUACUUUGUUUUUGAAGCAUCAAAUAGCAGUGGGAUAAAGAUUGUCAAUCAACGUGCAGCAGCCAGCAGCAACAUCUUUAAGCAUAAGGAAUUCAAUUUCCAGUCAUUGGGUAUUGGUGGUCUAGAUGCAGAAUUUGAAAAUAUAUUUAGACGAGCAUUUGCCUCUCGAGUUUAUCCCCCACAUGUAACGAAUAAAUUGGGCAUCAAGCAUGUCAAAGGGAUGCUGCUUUAUGGGCCUCCUGGUACUGGGAAGACACUCAUGGCUCGCCAGAUUGGAAAGAUGUUAAAUGGGAAAGAACCAAAGGUUGUGAAUGGGCCCGAAGUUUUGAGCAAAUUUGUUGGAGAAACCGAAAAGAAUGUCAGGGAUCUAUUUGCUGAUGCUGAGAAUGAUCAGAGGGCUCGUGGGGAUGAGAGUGAAUUGCAUGUUAUCAUCUUUGAUGAAAUUGAUGCUAUUUGUAAGUCAAGAGGAUCAACUAGAGAUGGUACUGGGGUUCAUGAUAGCAUUGUGAACCAGCUUCUUACAAAGAUAGAUGGGGUGGAAUCGUUGAAUAAUGUUUUGCUCAUUGGUAUGACCAACAGAAGGGAUUUACUUGAUGAAGCCCUUUUAAGACCAGGGCGAUUGGAGGUUCAAGUUGAGAUAAGCCUUCCUAAUGAAAAGGGUCGUUUGCAAAUUCUUCUAAUUCAUACAAACAAGAUGAAAGAAAAUUCUUUUCUUGCUCCGGACGUGAGCCUUCAUGAGCUUGCUGCACGGACAAAGAAUUAUAGUGGUGCAGAACUUGAAGGUCUUGUGAAAAGUGCAGCAUCAUUUGCCUUGAACCGACAACUAAGCUUAGAUGAUCUUACCAAGCCCAUAGAAGAGGAGAAUAUAAAAAUUACAAUGGAUGAUCUUCUUCAUGCACUCCAGGAAAUUGUUCCUGCAUUUGGAGCAUCCACUGAUAAUCUUGAACGAUGCAGACUUAAUGGUGUGGUGGACUGUGGUGAGCGGCAUAAGCACAUCCAGGAUAGAGCUAUGUUACUGGUAGAGCAAGUUAAAGUUAGCAGAGGAAGCCCACUAGUUACUUGCCUUCUGGAAGGCCCAAGUGGGAGUGGCAAGACUGCAAUGGCAGCUACUAUUGGCAUUGCCAGUGAUUUCCCCUAUGUCAAGAUAAUAUCUGCAGAAACGAUGAUCGGUCUUAGCGAAAGCACUAAAUGUGCUCUGAUUGUCAAGGUGUUUGAGGAUGCAUACAAAUCACCAUUGAGCAUUAUCAUACUUGAUGACAUUGAAAGGUUGUUGGAGUAUGUUCCAAUUGGACCUCGUUUUUCAAAUUUGAUUUCUCAGACGUUAUUGGUCUUCCUCAAACGACUCCCUCCAAAGGGGAAAAAGCUCUUGGUGAUUGGAACAACUAGUGAGGCAGAUUUCCUGGAUUCACUUGGUAUCUGUGAUGCUUUCUCUGUGACUUACCAUGUCCCACAAUUGAAAACCGAGGAUGCCAGAAAGGUUUUAGAACAGUUAAAGGUAUUUGCUGAAGAUGAUAUAGAUGCAGCUGCAGAGGCCCUUAAUAAUAUGCCAAUCAAGAAGCUCUACAUGCUAAUCGAAAUGGCUGCCCAGGGAGCAAAAGGUGGAAGUGCAGAGGCUAUUUACUCUGGUAAAGAGAAGAUCGACAUCUCUCAUUUCUUUGAUUGCCUUGGAGAUGUCAUUCGUGUAUAA